AAUCCUCAUGUCGGCAGCCUUUAUGCGCUCUCCUCCCUCCCUCCCCUCUCUCCUGAUUGGCGAGGCGAUGGCACGGCCUGAUUCAGCCAACUGCUACAUCCCUGCGCUGCGGUUUGAAAUAGGAGCCAGGCGGACAGUUGCCUCCCCGCUCCUGACUUUUAAUAGGCUGGGAAGGAAGGCUGGGAAACUUGACAUUGUCUUAGGAAGGGUCCCCCCCAGCAAAGGAUAAAAGAGGAGGAAAAAAAAAAAGUAAAAACAGCCAAGACGAGGCAGAAAAAAAAAAACUUGCGUACAGCGGGAAACUUGAUGGAUCCCUGCCCCGCGGCCGGCGGCGCGGCGUAGCCCCUUCCCGGCUGGAUGGAUGAUGGGAAGCUCACCAUGAGGCAGAUAGCUGAUCAGCUCCCCUGGAUUUCGCUGACGCCACAGGAAAGCUUUGCCUGAAGAUGGAAACACUGGAGUCGGAACUGACCUGCCCUAUCUGUCUGGAGCUGUUUGAGGACCCGCUGCUGCUGCCCUGCGCUCACAGUCUCUGCUUCAACUGCGCGCACCGCAUCCUGGUCUCCCACUGCGCCUCCAACGAGCCGGUGGAGUCAAUCACCGCCUUCCAGUGCCCCACCUGCCGCUAUGUCAUCACCCUCAGCCAGCGCGGUCUAGAGGGGCUCAAGCGCAACGUCACUCUGCAGAACAUCAUCGACCGCUUUCAGAAAGCCUCGGUGAGCGGGCCCAACUCCCCCAGCGAGACCCGUCGGGAGCGGGCAUUCGACAGCAACAGCAUGUCCUCCUGCGAGAAGGUCCUCUGCCAGUUCUGCGACCAGGACCCUGCCCAGGAGGCAGUGAAGACAUGCGUGACCUGCGAGGUCUCCUACUGCGAGGAGUGCCUGAAAGCCACGCACCCCAACAAGAAGCCCUUCACCGGCCACCGGCUGAUCGAGCCCAUCCCGGACUCUCACAUCAGAGGAUUAAUGUGCUUGGAGCACGAGGACGAGAAGGUGAACAUGUACUGUGUGACGGACGACCAGCUGAUCUGCGCCCUGUGCAAGCUGGUUGGGCGGCACCGGGACCAUCAGGUGGCAGCCCUAAGCGAGCGCUAUGACAAGCUGAAGCAAAAUUUGGAGAGUAACCUCACCAACCUUAUUAAGAGGAAUACUGAACUGGAAACUCUUCUGGCAAAACUCAUUCAAACGUGUCAACAUGUAGAAGUAAAUGCAUCUCGCCAAGAAACCAAGCUGAUGGAAGAAUGUGACCAGCUCAUUGAAAUAAUACAGCAAAGACGACAAAUAAUUGGAACCAAAAUCAAGGAAGGAAAGGUGGUGAGGUUGAGAAAACUGGCUCAGCAGAUUGCAAACUGCAAACAGUGCAUUGAGCGCUCCACAUCCCUCAUCUCUCAGGCAGAGCAGUCGCUGAAGGAGAAUGAUCACGCUCGCUUCCUGCAAACUGCUAAAAACAUCACCGAAAGGGUUUCCAUGGCAACUGCAUCUUCCCAGGUUCUAAUUCCUGAAAUUAAUCUCAACGAUACUUUUGAUACUUUCGCACUUGAUUUUACCAGGGAGAAGAAAUUGUUGGAAUGCCUUGAUUAUCUUACAGCUCCCAACCCUCCCACUAUUCGAGAAGAGCUCUGUACAGCUUCUUAUGAUACUAUUACUGUUCACUGGACAUCAGAUGAUGAGUUCAGCGUGGUCUCUUACGAGCUGCAGUACACCAUCUUCACUGGACAAGCUAAUGUUGUUAGUUUAUGUAACUCAGCCGACAGCUGGAUGAUUGUUCCCAAUAUCAAACAAAACCACUACACCGUGCAUGGGUUACAGAGUGGCACAAAGUACAUCUUCAUUGUUAAGGCCAUUAAUCAGGCUGGCAGCAGAAGCAGCGAGCCGGGCAAGCUCAAGACAAACAGUCAGCCAUUUAAACUGGACCCAAAAUCUGCUCAUAGAAAACUGAAAGUGUCUCAUGACAACUUGACAGUGGAACGUGAUGAAACCUCCUCCAAAAAGAGUCAUACACCAGAGCGAUUCACGAGCCAAGGGAGCUACGGAGUAGCUGGCAAUGUGUUCAUUGACAGUGGACGGCAUUACUGGGAAGUGGUUAUAAGCGGGAGUACGUGGUAUGCCAUUGGUAUUUCGUACAAGUCAGCGCCAAAGCAUGAGUGGAUCGGGAAGAACUCUGCCUCCUGGGUGCUGUGCCGCUGCAACAACACAUGGGUAGUGAGACAUAACAGCAAAGAAAUCCCAAUUGAGCCUGCGCCUCACCUCCGCCGGGUCGGCAUUUUGCUGGACUACGACAAUGGUUCCCUCGCUUUUUAUGAUGCCUUGAACUCCCUGCACCUUUACACCUUUGACAUUACGUUUGGGCAGCCUGUAUGCCCCACAUUCACUGUGUGGAAUAAGUGUUUGACCAUUAUAACAGGCUUGCCCAUCCCUGAUCACUUAGACUCCUCUGAGCAGCUGGCAUGACUGUUAAAAGCCAAAAGGUAGGAGGAUGUGUUUCCCAAGGCAGCUGCCUGCUGGAGCUCACCUGGAGCUGGUGGACUGCGUGACAUCCCAGUUGUUGCUGUCAAACCCAGCCACAACCGAAAAGGGGUGAAUCUCUCUUUUCUGAGUACUUUAUGCAGAAGGACAAGAAGUGGCUUUAAUAAUACCUUAGAACUCUUUUUGCAGUUGCUUUUGUUUUGUUUUGCAUUUAGUCCCUUUCAGGAAGUUUUAUAAAUUAUUUAUAAAAAAAAAGAAAAAGAAAAAAGGAGAGAGAGAGAGAGAGAAGGGAAAGCCUGGUUUGGAUACCUGGAAAAUGACUUACUUGUUUUUGCACAUCAGUGGUCCCAUUCAUUAAAGUUUCAUCAGCUCGUUACAUUAUUUUAUUUUACAGUGGAUAAAGGAAGUGGAAAUUGGAAGGAUGUGCAGUGGUGGACAAGUCAGUAUACUGCUGGUUUUAUUCAUGCCAAUUUUAGUGAUCAUUACCAAUCUUAUUGAAUGCAAAAUCUCAUAAUUUCUACUUUACACAUGGGAAUGUGCAGACCAAAAAGAAUGAAAAUAAACAAGUAAAGAAGUAGAGCUAGCCAACACAGCAAAAGAAGAAAGUUUAAUUCACUUCUGUUCAUGGAGCAGCGUGUUCUCUGUUCACAAAACACAUGUGGAGUAUCUUCUAGAAAUGUGAGUGUAUAAAUCAUCUGGUGAUUUAUUUUAUUGAUGGCAACAUUCCCAUCUGCCUGUUUCACUUUUGUCUUUGGGAAACACUAUAGAAUCACUGAGGAUGUGAAAGACUGAUACCAUCUCUGAAAAGGUAACGCUGGAGGAGAGGAGCCAACCCAGGGUCUGACUGUAGACUAAUUUGACAAAACACUGCAAAAUUUAAGGUUUGAUUGUAAUGGAAGACAUCAUGUUUCUGAUGGUAGACACAUGAAUGCUUCUUGCUGAUUUUACAAGGUUCAGCACAGCAAGCCCAGCCAAUAACUCGGAAGUGAGACACGAGCCACCUUACCAUUGGUUUUAAAUUAAAUACAAAUGUUUCAUUGUUGUACAUUAUGUAGUAAUAACAAAGCAAGGAAAUCUGUUUUGCAUGAGCUGUAUGGAGAAACAUUGCAGCUGGAGUUUGUUCAUAAUUAUAAUUGUCUUGGGUUGUUUGGGGAAGAACAGUUCUCUUUGUGAAUGAGCAGUAAAUAACAAAUUUUCAGGAGUAGUAGGAAUCUGCACAGGCAGGCUCUACGUUCAUGUAGGUGUUGGUGGAUGAACUUCAGUGAAGUCAAUGGAGGUUGCAUCUAUUUUAUCUCAAAGCUAAAUCAGGUGCAUUUUUUCACUUUUCCUUCUACGAGGUAGAAGCCCUUUGUAAUUACUACAAUACUUGUUUAUAAAGUAUCAUUUUGGGAGAUGCUUGAGGCAUAUGACAACUUCAAAAGAAUGGUCUUCUUACAGUGUUUUAUUGUUACUGUUUAAGUGGUGAAAAUCUGCCCAUGUGGAAAGAGGAUAAAUUGAAUACCAGCUUUAAGAAAAGAUUUGUUCAGUAUUUUAUAACCAUGCUUUAGGUGUCUUUUCAAAAGGAUGCCCUAGUGCACUUUGUUCACUAAUGGGUCCAAAAUAAAACGGUCCCAAAGUCAGCUUCAGAUUUUUUAAAUACUGAUUCUGCAGCUACAAAGCUGUACUACAGUUUGCCUUAUGAUGAUGUAGAAAACUUAUGAACUUCGUAAUGAAUAUAUGCCUACAGAGUUUGUUUUUUCCCUUUUUUAAUAGGAAAUAAAUGUCUGUCUUUGUUCCUUUGAUUUCCAUUUACAUGCUCUACUAGCUGAUUAUUUAAAUGGAGAAAAGCAUGACAGUACAUUGCUGGUAAUGUCUGUGGCUUUCCGCUGUGGCAGUAUCCCAUGGUUCACAGGCAAGAACCACCAAUUUUUCCAGAGUUGACGUAAAUACAGGAAAAGACAUACAUACAGUGUCAGUGUACUGCACUGUUUAUCACUGUGACUUUAAUAACAAAGAAAAGAAUAUGCUCAAAAAUGAAAAAGUAAAUAAAUCCUCAAAUACUACAUUUUAUAUCUGAGUACAUUGCUACCAGUACAGCCUAAUUCACAUUGCCUGGAUGAUCUAGCCUGGAAUGUUUGGUAGAUAGCUGAGAUGGCAUGAAAAUUAUUAUAACGAGUUGACAGGAGAUGACUGAUGAGAAGCAGUGAUAAAAAUGUAUGGGAGGAAUGGAGUUUCUGCCCAACAGGAAGGUGUGUUUUACCACAGUACAAGUGGCAAGGCUGUGUGCCUCCUCUUUUCCUAGAAAUACUAAAUCUGGAAGCUGAUUUUGUAGUGAACAAAUUGAAAACACUCUUCAGUGUUUGGACAUACAAUGUUAGCAGAGAUUGAGCUGGAUGGAGUUAACACUAUGAAUUUGGGAAGAUCCCCAGUGAUCUCACAUAUUUUCAUUUUAAAGGCAGUGAGUUCAAAGGCAGAUCAUGGUUUUGGUGAAAGUAAAAAUGAAUGGUCUUUUAUCUAUAUGCCUUUCUGUAUUAUUUAUAUUUUAACACAGAAUACUUCAUUUGGAGCUAGGCCACAUUGCUACAUUGGACUAUUAGUUCAGUGAGUACACUCUGUGUGUAUAUGUUUGUGUAUAUGUGUAUACAUAUGUAUAUACAUGUAUGUUUGUAUGGGUAUACACCCAGCAGUAUAUGCACAGAUAUAGUGCAAUGUACGUAUAUACAUACAUACAUAUAUACACAGAAUGACACUAAUUAGGUGCUCUUUUUUGCUUGUUUCUUUAAUUAUUUCAUAUUCUGUAUGACUAUGAGGAAACAAGUUGCUAUGAAUGGUAUUCAUCUGGACAUUUUUUAACAAAAUCUGUUCAUGCCUGAUUAAUCAAUAAAAGCAUCCAUUCAAAACUGUAGCUUCUGUGAUCUGUGGCAUUUUGCAUGGUCCAUAGAAAUCUAUUGAAAUCUGGGGGAAUGGUGAUCUUUGUGUAAAGAUAAAGCAUGCUAUUUUUAUAUAGAGCGUAGUCUUAGCUGAAGGUUUUUCCCUGAGAUUAGAAAGUUUUGUAAGUGGGAAUAAGGUAACACUUUAUAAUGCAAUUUUCAACAAAGGCAAGUUUUUGUGGAGUAGUCUGCUGAGAUGCACACAGUGAAUGUAAUAGGUGACGCCUAUGUUGGCAUAAUGAUUGUUCCAAGGAUAUAUUUCAAAAGCCAAGCUGUGAUUCAGCAGAGUUAGAGCAAACUAUAGAACAACUUUUUUAGAAGAUGAUAGCAUCAUCUCGGAGCAGUUUAAACUUUGGUCUAACAUGAAGUAAUGUUGUGGAUAAGACACUUUUUCUUUCUGAGACCAGGUAAGAUUUUCCUUAUGUUAGGCUCCCAUAUGUUAAUGUGCAUUUAACAGGGAAAAAAAAUCAUUUAGGAGUGGGCUAUAUGUCAUAAAUUAUUUAGUAGACUGUCUUCACUCACUGUAGAUUUCUACUGUUGGCUUUCAGAGAGCAAGCAGAGAGCUGAAGUUACUGCAUUUUCUGUCAUAUGUCUAUUCUUUGUCUGUAUUGGGUAUCCCAUUUCUCAGCUGCCCAUAGGACAGACCUCCACUAAGCAGUGGGUCCCAAAUGUAGGAAGCAUAACAAUCUCUCAGAUAUGGAUACACUGUGAAAAGCUGGAAAUUGGCAAAAUAUAGAUGAAAGCUUAUGUGCGUUCUUCCUUACAUUAGCAAUGGUAGGUCAGUGAACAGCAGUGUGCAUCAUUUGUUCUGACUCUUCAGUGGGAAGGCUGUGUUCUCUCUAUGUUAGAAAACAUAACAGGACACUAUUGAUAGCACAAAUUAGUGUCAGCUCUUUAACAAGUUCACUGUGAGAUGGUCAGCAUUUAUUGCUCUGUGAAGAAAUAUUGGCUGUGGGAGAUUUCUUGACAGUUAUUUGACGUUGGAGACAGUAUUUCAUUUGUAAUUAUUCAGAUAAAACAGAUGUCUAGUAGUUCCCAGUUCGACUGUUAGUUACGAUAGCACAAAUUCCAGAUCAGCCCACCCACAAAUAUGAAGUCAGAAUUGUUAGUGGCUCUUAUCUGUUAAGGGUUUUAAUUGAAAAAUGUCUUCAUUUCUGUGUUAGGAGUGAAAAAGUUUUGGAUCCACACACUUGCCAACUCAGGCACGGCAUGCCUGGCCUGAAGACCAUCAUUGGGCAGUCUUGGGAAGCUAGUGGCUUAUCAUUUUAUGUGAUCCAGCUGUGUUUACUGUGUAACUAAGUACUGGCUUCUUAUAGUUGAUCUAGCUCCUUUCCUAAAUGUUAGAAUUCCCACAUCUGAUCAGAGUAAUUAUUUAUUUAUUCUGUCUUUACUAUUCAUAGUAUUCAGUGUUGAAAUCUUUCCUCCUUGUGCUGUGCUUCCUAGGCCUGUCUCAUUGAAUUGAGUGCUGUUUCCAUAUAUCAACUUUUGUCUGGUCACCGUUUGAAGGACCAAAUGUAAAUGACACUGGGUUGACCAACCAGUCAAUUUCCUCAGUUGUAGCUAUGCCUUCAGCAGCGUCAUUCUUACUGAGCUUGUUGGAGCUAACUGCCAAAUUGUGAGUCAUGUGGCCUGCAGAUUUAUUUAGAUUAUGGUCUUGUCUUGAUUUUUGUGUUUGUUUCUGGAUAUUCAGGGGGCAUUAAGCUUUUUCAGUCAGUCAGCAGAGAGAUGUGUAAAAACAUUAUGCCUCAUGUUUUCAGGCUGCUUUAUGCAGUUUUCCAUUUUGUGAUCUUAAGGUCUAUAUCUCACAAAGAUAAGUUAAAACACAUGCAUAGGUUGCUUAUGUAUUGAUGUACUGGCAAAUGUCUCAUAACACCAUCUCUAAUGUCUCUCCACAUGCCGAUUUUUCCCACAGUGGAAACGUGUAUGCAGAUACAGGAAUAUAAAAUGCAGUAUUUUCCUGUAUCAUUGGGCUGAUUGCCCAUUUAGAAAUUAUGAUCUUCACCACAAUGUUCUGAACUUUGGUCUUACUCUUUGUCGUUUCCACAGGGAGGAAAGCCCUACUCGCUCCCAAGUGCUGAUGGUGGGUCUUCUAGAAUAUACUGAGCUAUUUGUCUUUAUUGUGCUUUCUAAAGUGAAAGAAACUGUUUACAUUUUAACCUUUGAUUUAGCACUGGGUUUUCAUGUGAAAAAUAGUAAGAGAUUAAAGAGCGGUAGCUGUAACCGUGCUUCAGUGUGGUGACACCCAUGAUUUGGGCCAUGAAGCUUAAGACAUCCAUGUACAUUGAUCUCUGUGCAAAGAGAUACAGGCUUGAAUACUUCCAGUGUUGAGGAAGCUCUGAUUUAGAAGCACAAUAAUGUAUUUGGAAGGCAGGCGUGUAGUCUUCAAAUUUUUUUAGCCUUAUUUUACCACACUGUGAUUGACAGCAUCAUUAUUACUGCUGCCUGAGAGGCGCAGAGAUAGCAAGAGUUCUGGAGAAAUGCUGGGAGAGGUCCUUCAGAACGGCAGGGCAGCUGGAAACCUGCCACUACUGCCUGCCCUCACACCUUUCCGCAGCGCUGCAAAGCAGGUCUUGCCUUAUUCUGUCUUUUGUUUUGGCUAAUCCCCAAUCUACAUUCCCAAAUGACAGAAAAAAACUUGCAAUUAUAUGUUUGAAAUCCUGACCUGAAUAAACGCAGCAGGACAGGGAUGACAGCCCCAGGCCUUGAUUCUCCAUUUUUUCUCCUUUUGCACAGAUUUUUGCUUCCGUUGACUUCAAAGGGGAUUUACACAGAGGUAGGUACAAGCCCAUGAAUCUUUAGUUUCCAAGGGGUCAGCAGUGGAGUAAAUGAAGAUUCCCUGUGCUAAAAGCUCAGCAUUCCUAUUAAAUCAUGUAUUUUGAGAAAGCACAUUAGAGGCUAGCAAAACUGCAGUUUCUUAUGAGCUCUUUCCCAAGGCCAGCACAGGUGUGCUUUAAGAUGUGUAGUUCAAUAACAUUCUUCUUGGGUUAAUUGUGCGAUGCUUUGCUAUUUCCUCAAAGCAAAGUGAGAACAAUUCUCUUAGCAAGUGCUGUGUGACUUUAACAAAAAUGAUGAGAACAGCAGAUAAAUAAGUUUGGAUACAAUUCUGCAACAUAAGACCAUCCAUUUAAAAAUGGAUUAUAACAAGUUUAGAAGUACAUCUCCUGUAACUGAGUAUGGUAGUUUGAGUAAUUAUUUGAAUGCAUGGAGAUGUUUUUUUCUCAAGGAAUGUCACCUCAAUUCAUUAUAAUAUACAUGGACACACAGUAAUUAGAAGUCUUCCCAAAAACCCACACAUUCAUAAAAUAGCUUAUACCCCAGACUUUAAAACAACAACAGGAGGCUUUGUGUUUUGCAUAUUACCAGUCAUUGAACAGGAAAAAAAUAAAUAUAUAUGAUUAUGCUAUAUGGUUAUACUACUGAAACACUUCAAAAAUGAGAGCCAUCUGCCGCACAAGAGCAUGCAAAAUUUUUCCCUAUAAUUUUUUUUGUAUUUUUCAUCAUUUUUGUUAUACAAAUUAAUCAACUUGAAAAUAUUUUUAUGCUCUCCUUCCAUUUCUUCUUUCUUUUUGCUUCCCACUCAUUUUCAUAUGAGUUCAUUUACUAGUUCCAAAAUUCUUGCGACUCUAAGAAAUGCAUGUAAGGGGGAAUAUCUUUAUGUUUUAAAAAGCUGGAUUUAUUUUUAAUUUCCUUGCAAGUUACCUUUUUCAUGAGAAUUAUGGAAAAUUAAAUGAGAAGUGAAAAUACUAAAGCAGUGUGUUAUUGAAAGGUAAGCACAUUUUUAAUGUAGAAGUUAAAGAUGGGAUGCAGAUAAGCCUGAUACUGUUUUACAAACAGAAUUAUUUAAUUUUUUUAUGGCUUACUAGUAUUGCUCUCUAAUUAAAACAUCGUAAUGAGACCUGAUUAGGGAGCACAACCAGAUCAAGAGUAGAUUACUUUAGAAUAUUUCUGGAAUAAGUACCUUUAAUAGCAAUAUAUGUAUAUAUAUAUAUAUGUAUACAUUGAAUCUCAUUAAUCUCAGCAGGUAUUUGGUUUUUUAUUUUUUUCAUUUUUAAAUAAUCUUUUUUCUCUCCAGCAGCAAUUCCCAGUCUAUAAGGAUAUCUCUCAUUUGGAAGCAUAGGGUCUAAUUCCUUAUGGAAUUAGGAACAACUUUGUCAUGUAGCAUGUGAGAACAUCUCUCACUGGGAGUGGGCAAAUGGAUAUUUAUUUCUGUCUUCUCUGUGUGAGGUAAUAGUGAUAAACAAAUUAAGGAUGAAAUGGGUUCAUCCAAAUUUGUAAGUGUGGGUAGAAGUGGAAAGAUUCACCAUUCAUUCUCUGGUGAAUCACAACUAGUGAUUACAACCAGUGGUAGACCCAACCCAAUUAUUUUUCUAAUCCAAUCAGUAACUUAUCCUUUUAAUUUCUUAAGCUAACUGACUUCACUCUCGUUUUGUCAAUUAAGAGUUUUAAAUGUUACUUUUUUUCCAAAAAAAAAAAAAAUCCGUAACUGUUUGGCUGUUGUCAGACUAAUUUGAAAACAAACUUUGCUGAUACAGUGUCAGUUGCUUACAGCAGAGGGUAAAGGUGAGGAACAACUGACCUAGAGAAUAAGUAUGGGUGCAGACAGUUCAGGACAGCAUAAUGAUGCUCAUAAGCAUAGUUUCUGUCAAACGUAAUCGAAGUUAUUUAUGUGAGUGAGGAGAAACCUCACAACUAGGUGUAUGUGCAUGAAUAACAAGCAGUAUGAAUCAGCACAGGCCCUGGAACAAUUGAAAAUCAAGACUCUGCUCUUUUACUGUAAAAUAUUGCUGAUCUUGUUUCUCUUCAGCAGUUGGGUCAUAGCAUACCUGCAUUGCAUGCGUAUAGACAAACAGGAAAUAUUAAAAACUGAUCUGAGUCACGUUGUAAAUUCUUACAAAUGUGAGGCCAGUUCUAGAAAUUAGGAUAAAUCUUUGAGUUAUAUGCACAUGGAAAACACCAGAAAAAAAAAGUUAUCUAUUCGCAAAUUAAUUCAGAAAUAAUUUGAACAACUCUACUCAUACCACUCUCGUCAGAAUCCUGACACUGCCUUCCUGAAUCUCUCCAUGGAGAGAAUGGAACAGGAACGCUUUCUCUUUCUGCUCUUAUGAAGACAGUGCUUAAUAUUUGUAUGACUUGGUAAUCUCUCAGGAUCAAUAAAUUUAAUAGGAACAAGUACAGAGUUCUCACCACUCUUGGAGCCUGAACAAACCAUUAGCCAGUUUAAAGGCUGAAAUACUGUCGAGUUAUGAAUGCUUUCAUGAUUUUUAACUGUGUAAGAAGAAGCAUGUAGCAUUAAAAAAAUGCGACCAAUUUUAUAUAGACAUGGGAAUAGGUGUCAUUUUUUCCAGCUAGAAAACUGCUGUUUGAUACAGGGACAGGAAAAUAUUUUUAUAGGUUUGUAACAAAGCACCUGCACUUGUGCUGUUCUCAUGCACAGAGGUGUGCUGUAGCCCUAGGUCCUAUGAACAUUUCAUCUGUGUGGGGAAAUUCAGAUCUCUACAAGUCAUGCGGAGGGGUGGUUUGGUGUGUGUGGGUACAAUUUUCCACAAAUCUAUUCCAACUGGCAAAACUUUUUCUGUUCCACUUAAAGCAGUAGAAGGGGCAAGCCAGCUCCCUUAUGCCCAAGGAUCAGUAGUGCUUGUGGGGCAGGCAGGACACACAGUAAAUUUCGAAGAGUGAAAAAUCAUCAUUGCAUCGCUUUAUUCCCCACACUCCAUGGAGUCUGACAUAUAGGAAGAAAAAGAAAAAAAAAAGUCGAUAGCACUGCGUGAACGCUCAUAUUACUGAUCUUCAUUGUCAAGAUAAAGACAGUGCAAAAAACCUAUGGGUGUAAAAUUAUUAUUUAGAACAACUGUUACAUCUCUGACAUAUUUUUUUAUUGUAAUAGUAACAGAAGCACAUUGGAGUAGGUAUCAAGGCUGGAACUGUGGUAAUGAAAGAUAGAAAUAGAAUUAGAAUACAGAAAUAAAAUAACUGGGGAAUGCACCUGGGAAAACAAAACCAGAAAGUGUGCUAGAAACUUGUUUGGAAGACUGUGCAAAAUUUUGGUUUUACUGUAAUCACUAAUACAGUAUCAGAGAAAGGGUAAUCAGAAGGGGAAGCCAAAGGAGAGCCUAGGUUAGAAGAGGAGGUAUAUAUUUGGGUUAUUUGACCUAUCAAACGUUGGCUGACAGAAGGUAGGGUUGUUGUGUCUGUAAGUAUAGGACUAGAAGUAGCAUCAGGAAAGGUGAAUAACAGUUUUAAUUAAAGUCAAUAUUGGUAUGAAAAUAAAUACAGUCAGCCUAUGGACAGUUAGGUCCAUAGAAAUCCCAUUACUUCAUAGGACACAGUGGGAACCUCACUGUUUCUGAGAUGAAGCUUUGUGGACAAGAUUAAUCUUCCUUCAGUCUAAAUGCCUAAAUAUUAGUUGACUAGGCCUAAGCAUAUUUUCUAUAAUAAAUGAGAAACAAAUAGCUUCUCCAGGAGUCUCUUCACUCCAGAUAUUCUAACAACUUAAUUUCGGACCAGUGAGCAUCUCACUGCAUAAAUGAUAUUUUACUAUUGGUCUUACAAGGAGCUACAAGUGGAUAAUACGUACUGGAUGUUUGCUUUUUAGGCAAAUAAAAGGAAGAUGAGGUGAUUAUCUCCCUUUAUAUUUAGCAAAUAGGAUAUUGACAUUUUACGGUGGUAAUAAUAGAAAUGUACAGACAACUUCUGACUGCAGAGGUAAGCAGGCAAUUUUUCAUUGGCCUCAAUGAAGCUGAGGUUUUGUCUCUUAAAUACAUACAGGAUGAAACAUUAUUAGUCAAAAUCUUAUUAAAUGUGGACAGUUCUGCCAUCCAAAGAUUCUUCUAGCCACUCAGCCCUUUUUUUUUUCAAAGCAAGUUAUAUAUAUAACUUCAUAUAACUAACACUCUACUAAAACUAAAAUACCUACAUGCCAGUUGGCAUGGCUGAAUUUUUUAUUCCUCACUGGACUAAACAUCUGUUGAUUCAAUAGACUGAGUACAAGUGUCAAAUACACUUUGCCUAUGCCAAAUAUUUAUGUUGUUUGGGUUUUUUUGAAAUCAAGCUCCCCAGCAAUUCUAAUGCAAAAGCAGCCAACAACUAUAAAUUAAAUGGAAUGUAUAAGAGAUACCUGAGAAGUGCUGGUUCUUUAACAUGUAAGUUGAAUGCUGGGGUCAAAAGUGCUUAUUCUACUCUGUAAUUUAUUUGCAUCUUCUGUAAAGGAAAUAGGCCUGGUUUUCUGAAGGAUAACUGAGACUCGUUUUCAUGCUCAUGGUAGAUUGUUUUGGAUGGCUACCUUCCAGAAAAUCUUAAUGGGGAGAGAAAAAUAUUUUGUGGAUGGAUGUAAAUAUUCUUUUUUCCAAGGUUUUAUCCUAGACUCACCUCUCUACACUGUAUUGGUUACUUUCAUCGAUUUCUUUUCAUCUGUCUCUAAACAGCAUGAGUAUUUAUCUAAUGAUGUUGUGAUGAGGAAUGAUUCAUCCUUCGGGUUAAUGGAGUGCACAGUUGAAAAAGACUUUCACAUGCAGAGUAUUGCUAACUGCUUGUUCUUCAUAAAAGAGAAGGAAGUGACUCAGACAGGAGAAAUCCUGCAGUGAAGACUGUUGACAAUCUUCAGGCUGAUAGAAAAAAAAAUUGCUCAAAUAAAAGGUGAGAAAUACUUUUUGAUGGAAGGUAGGAAACACUUUUUGAUAGGAAAAGGAUUAGUGCUCCAGAAGGUUUAGUAAGGGAAACUGUCAGAAAAUCUCCUGAACUGUGCAUAGAGUUUGGAAAAGGCUUGGCAAAUGAAGUUAAUGGGACUGAAGCUACAUUGAAAGUGGAAUAUGGACAGAACUGAGGUCUGUGAUGUAUCAGAGGGAUGAUUCUGCAGGCUCCUAUUUGCAGAAUAUCAGAAUGGCUUGUGAAACAGUACUGGAAAAGCGCACUGGGGCUGUUGUGCCUGUGGUCUUAGAGUCAGAAACAGCAGUAGAAAAUAAUGGAACUGAAAUACAAAUGAAGUAAGAAGGAAUUAGAAACAUUUUAUUUUCCUUUUCUGCUCAUAAAUAAAAGAAAUUUGAAAUAUUCAGCAGCAGGAAACAGUAGAGCACUCUUUCUCCUUUUAUAUGUGAUUUGUAUCAACAAAGAUUAUUAAAAUUGACGAAACUCUUAAACUGUAACUUUCUUCCACUGGUUGUGGCAACAUGCUUCAUUAUGUUCAUUACUUGUUAUCAUUUGAACAAAAUGUUUCUCCACGUCUGCUGCUUAAAAUUCAUUCAGCCUAUGAACCCAAUUCACAUGCAAGCAGGGCCUUACCUCAGUAAACAUUUCCCAAACCAUAUGAAUGUGGAAUUAACCCUAUCUCCUUAUAAGCCUUGGGCCCUUCUAAUUGCAUGGUGGGAACACAAUGCAACUUUUUUCUGGUUCUAGCUGACCCUGCCAACAAUUCUGGUAAAUGAUGUCACUAUGGGUACUGCAUCCCUUUGAGGUCCCUGGGUCUUGGACCUGUUGGGUUGAUGUAGCAGUAGGACUUUGGCUCUGAUGCAGGCACUAGCAGAGAGCUGGAUGGUUUCAUGCAAAGCUGUUGGAAUGGAAUGUGUCUGAAAGGUGGUGGGAAUGUUUGAUAAUGGAUGAUGAGGAAGUUUUGCCAUGACAUCAUGAAGUCUCACUACUGAGGAUGUUAACGAAAUGUAACCACAGUCACUGUAAUCAAGAAGGAUUUUUACAAAAUCUUUGUAAGGUUAUUGUGCUCUGAAUAAUGUUAAAACAUGGCAUUUAUGUAAAUGUAAAUGAACUGAUGUUUAGCUAUUGGGAUAAUAUACUGCAAAUGUAUUGUGGGAUAUGUAAAUGAAUGUGUAACCUAGAUGCUUUGAGUUAUAAAAGAUGGUACUUUGACCAUCUGUCAGCAGUUUUCUUCUACCCAGCUAAGGAAAUUGUGGACAUGAAAAGAAAUAACAGUUUAUUAGCAAGUUUUUGGAUUGUAAGAAUGUGUUUUGAUUUUUGUAAUAAAGAGUCUUAACUCUACCUCCUAAUUUAUGCUGAAGUAAACCUUUGAUUUUCAGGAAUUAUUUUUAGUUUGGGUAGAACUGAUCGUAACAAAAGAGUAGUGAUUAAAUCUUGUCUAAUCUCAGUUUAGGACAAUGGUCAACAUACUACCGAUUUGUUCAUGAAUCACUGCCUUGCUAAGGAAUUCCCACUGAUAGGAAAUCAUAGAGCAUAUGCAGCUGUAGGUGGGUUUCCAGAAUUUAUCGUAGUAAUAGCUUUGACAAAAAACUAUGAAAACUUCAAUGAAAAGAAAAAAAACAAAAACCAUCAAGUUAACACAUAGGCAGGUUAGCCUGUUUUUUAUGACCCAGGAGAACAGCUUUCAUACCAGAAGGAAGGAAAAGGAUCCCAACUCUAUAUGCUCAUAUUAGAUGAUGGAGAAUCCCUGAAACCCAGCCACUUUUUCCUGCUCACACAAGCUUUCUCUUCCACAUAACUUCAUAGCAACUGUAGGGGAACUGUUAGGUCACAGCUUGAACUGGUGAUUGAGCACCUGGUGAAGGAAUAUGCCUGGCCCAGGGAGCACAGGCUAAUUGUUCGCACCAUUGUUCCCCACAUGACCAGAAGGGUUGGACCUAGAGUGGUAGGUAGAAGUGAAGGUAGAGUGUUUCCUGAGCCUUGGAUGUUUCCAUUGAGGGAGUGCUGUUCAGCUGGAGAGCCCCUUCACUAGCUGAGUUCAGCUCUUUUUUUUUGUGUAUGACUUUUGGCCUAAUUGUGAAUACUUUGCCUCAUAUUGCCCAUAACCUGACAGAAGCAAUUCUGUUUCUUCAAAAGCAAAACAGCAACUCAAGCAGUUCUGGAGCAAAAAUGAUUUUGUGAUGUAGAACUAUUACAGCAAAGAGUAAGAACAGCAAAACUAAAUUUGGAGAUGUGCACAAGUUAAGGGGAGAAUAGAGGUAGGGCUUUCCUGAAGUAAUGAGAUGUGGACAAGCUGAGUAAAGCGGAUAUAGGUUGGUUUAGCAAUAGGUAUCAAUAUAUUAGUUUAAGGAGUGAUUUAUUAGUUUAGCAGAAGGAAUCAGGGUGUGCUGGUUCUAAAACCUUCCUGUUUCAUUCUGCUUGGUAUGUGAACAGCCUUGUUUUUCUCCACGGUCCUGCUUCACAGAAGCACUGAAGUCACAAUAGACUGCUUUCAUCUGUACAUCCAACAAGUACAAGGACUCUUUCUUGGGUUUCAUAUAAACUGUUUUGAGUUACAGUGUACCAGGAUAGAAAGUUGCUUAUUAUGGCUUAACAAGCAAUGGAAAUUUGCCAAACUUGGGGGAAAACAGCUGAAGGUUGGCCAAGGGGCACUGGGAAGAAGCUGAUGAUGGAAAAAUUAAGAGGAAGUAAAUAGUCUAUGACCACCAUAGGCCCCUACCAUGCAUGCCCAGAGGGACAUUAGUGUAUAUUAAUGAGUUCUUAGAAAAGAUGCAUAUGUAUGCCAAUGUAUUGCAUAUGUAUGUCUUAACUGUUUAAAUACAGAACCUGAACUGAGUGUGCGUGCUUGAUUUAUCAAGUUGCCUGGUACAUAUUGUGAAUAAAUGGAAUGCUCGCUUUCUAACACCA